CAUUUAUAGCAAACCAAUAAGUCACCAAAAAAAGAACUUAGAGACAUGGAAUGGGAAUUGACUUGUCUGUUUUUUUCUGCAGUCAUCUUGCUACCAGCUUUCAUAUUAUUAUUUUCACAGAAAAAGACUAGUAAAUGUUCCUACAAGUUACCUCCAGGACCACGAGGAUUACCAAUUUUUGGUAACAUGUUUCAACUAGGAGCAGAGCCAUACAAAACUAUGGCCGGUCUAAAGCAGAAAUAUGGCCCUGUUUUGUGGUUAAGACUGGGCACCUCGACCAACAUUAUGGUUGUUCAAACAGCUCAGGCUGCUGCAGAGUUAUUCAAGAACCACGAUGCUUCCUUUGCGGAUCGACCUACGCUCGACGUAACUUUACCACACAAUUACUAUCAAGCGUCUCCUGCUUUAGCUCGAUAUGGUUCGUUUUGGCGCUUUCAGAGACGGAUAUGUACCGUGGAAAUGUUUGUACACAAAAAGAUUAGUGAAACAGUGCCAGUAAGGCGAAAAUGUGUGGAUAAUAUGUUAAAAUGGAUAGAGAAAGCAGCGAAUUCUGCUGAAAAAGGAAGUGGGAUUGAAGUAACACGUUUUGUAUUCCUAGCAUCGUUUAAUAUGCUAGGGAAUAUGAUCCUGUCGAAAGACUUGGCUGAUCCAGAAUCCGAGGAGGCCUCGGAGUUCUUCAAUGCCAUGAACGGAAUCAUGGAAUGGUCAGGUCUUACUAAUGUUUCUGACAUAUUUCCAUUUCUUAGAAAGUUUGAUUUACAAAGUUUGAGGAAAAAAAUGACUCGAGACAUGGGAAAGGCCAUGGAAAUCACGUCUAUAUUUCUCAAGGAACGUGAGGAAGAACGAAAGAAGGGUAUUGCAGAGAAGGGGAAAGAUUUUUUGGACGUGUUGUUUGAAUUUGAGGGUACUGGAAAAGAUGAACCAGCUAAAUUUUCAAAACAUCAGAUCAAAGUAUUAAUAUUGGAAAUGUUUUUAGCCGGUUCAGAGACGACUAGCAGCAGCGUAGAAUGGGCACUAACAGAGCUUUUGCGCCAUCCAGAAGCAAUGGACAAAGUGAAAACAGAGAUAUCAAAAGUAAUAGGACCAAAUAGGAAGUUUGAAGAAAAUGACAUUGACAAUCUCCCUUAUAUGCAAGCAGUAAUCAAAGAAUCACUUCGUUUACAUCCUCCUGCCCCUUUCUUGAUCCCAAGGGAGACAAUUCAAGACACCAAGUUCAUGGGGUACAAUGUACGAAAAGGCACUCGAGUCCUGGUAAACGCCUGGGCGAUUGGAAGAGAUCCUGAAUGUUGGGACGAUCCUAUGAGUUUCAAGCCCGAGAGGUUUCUAGGCUCAAAAGUGGACUUGAAGGGUCAACAUUAUGAGCUAAUUCCAUUUGGUGCUGGACGAAGGAUGUGUGUUGGUUUGCCUUUAGGCCAUCGCAUGAUGCAUUUCUCUCUGGGGUCGUUGCUUCACGAAUUCAACUGGGAGCUUCCUGAUGGAGUCUCUCCUAAAUCUAUUAAUAUGAACGGAAGCAUGGGGCUAACAGCCAGAAAACACGAAUCUUUAAAAGCAAUACCAAAAAAGGCUUGACAACUUCUUAAUGCAUUGUAUCAUGUUAUUUAAAUAAAUUUACAAAAUAACGUUUGGAUAGUUUGUGUCGUUUCCGUUGUUACAUUCAACCGGUAACGACCAUAUCCAAGCAUGCUGUUAUGGUAGUUAAUCUUAUCAGAUUAACAAGUAUUUUGAGUCUGUGCAAUUUUAUUAUGUAUUUUUACAUAUUUUUCUUAUAAGAAGUAUUUAUAGUGCUUA